AUGAUAGAAUUUGUCCUGUUUUUAGGGUUAUGUUUUGCUUUGGGGGGGUUAGCAGUUGCAUCUAAUCCUUCUCCGUAUUAUGGGGUGUUAGGGUUGGUUGUGGCAGCUGUUGCUGGGUGUGGUUGGCUGGUCAGCUUGGGGGUUUCUUUUGUGUCCUUGGUGCUUGUUAUGGUUUACUUGGGAGGGAUGUUGGUGGUGUUUGUUUACUCGGUGUCGUUGGCAGCGGAUCCUUAUCCGGAGGCUUGGGCUAGUUGAGGGGUUGUUGGCUAUGGCUUUGGCAUGGGCUUGGUUGUUGUGGUGGGUUUCGUUGUGAGUGGUGUGGUGGGAUUGCUGGGGGAUGAGGGCACGGUGAAUAAUGGUGGUUUGUUAUCGGUUCGGUCGGAUUUCAGCGGGGCGGCCCUGCUUUACUCGGAUGGGGUUGGGUUAUUGUUGGUUGGGGGGUGGGGGCUGUUGCUGACUUUGUUUGUGGUGUUGGAGCUUGUGCGGGGUUUAUCUCGGGGGGCCAUUCGGGCGGUUUAA